AUGGCGGAUGGUGCACACGCAGAGACGGAGCCCGAAGGGAUUGAAGAAGCGAAGGAAGAGCAAGAUGUUGGCAGCUUGCCGCUGGUGAUUGAGACGGUCACCAGGGUGCAGUUGGGUGCUCGGCGGCCUUGGUUCCCUCAGUGUCAGGAAGUGGACGGCCGAACCUUCGUGACCCUCACGAAGAAUGACCCAGGCCUUUGCUUCCUCGUGACAGGAAAGGGUCAAAACCGACACCAGAAAAGAGACCCUCACAGCCUCAACGUCCAGUGGUGGGACGAUGCAAGACGCAUGCGGCAAGCCGCAUGUAGUGCUUUGGUGAAGAAGCACAUGCUCAGUGCAUUGCAGGAAGGGGAAGCUCCCCCACGAAUUCGCCACCCGCGCGAAGAUGAUAAGUGGGUGAUAUCGCGUUUGGUGGUCGUGGACUUCCCGGAGGUGGAGGCCUUUGGCAUGGCAGCCCGAGAGAUGACCAUGUUAUGGUCCAUCAGAAGCCGUGACCUGGACGUGCACGAGCUGGAGGAAGGCAAUCUGCGGUACAUCAUCGCAGCGUUGUCAGCUUCGGAUGCUGUAGUGAAAGCGGAGGUGGCUGCAGAACCAAAGGAGAUGGCAUCUCCGAGACGAAAAAGGCGAAGGCUGAAGAAGCGCCCGAGCGCAGAAGAGGGUGGCGAGAAAGCCGAGGAGGGCUGA